AUGACCCUCAACGAUAUCAGAGCUUUUGUAGAAGCCGAGAUCAACGUUCCCCCCUCCGCUCAGCACUUCCUACAAGAUGGCCGACCUGUCACGGACACCACGAAGAGUUUAGCCCAACUGAAUAUCCAGGAAGGAGGCGUUUUGGCGAUGGCGAUUCAGAGCACAAGACCCAGCAGACGUGCCCCCCAACAGCCCGCCGCCGGUCAAUCAGUCCAGAAUCUACAAAGUGGCAAUAAUCCGGAACAAGCGAGGCUGCGGAUUUUGGGAGAUCCAGUUGUUAUGGCCGAGUGUCGACGACAGGAUCCUGAGCUGGCAGCUGCAUGUUCCGACCCUCAAAAGUUUCAAGAUUUGUGGACUGCGAGACAGAGACAGUACGAGCAGGUGCAGCGGGAGAAAGAGGAGCAGUUUGCCUUGCUAGAAGCCGAUCCUUUCAAUGUCGAGGCUCAGCAAAAGAUUGAAGAGAUCAUACGGCAACAACGGGUCGCAGAGAACUUACAGAAGGCGAUGGAGGAGAAUCCGGAGUCUUUUGGCAGGGUCACCAUGCUCUAUAUCGAUGUUACAGUCAACAACGUCCCCAUCAAAGCUUUUGUGGACUCCGGCGCGCAAACCACCAUCAUGUCUCCGUCCGCUGCCGAGCGAUGCGGAAUCCUACGGCUGAUCGAUAAACGCUAUGGCGGCAUAGCAAGAGGAGUGGGCACUGCAACCAUCCUUGGACGUGUACACUCAGCCGAGAUCCAGAUCGGGCAGUACAAUCUGGCCAGUAGCUUUACCGUCAUGGAAGGCAAGGACGUGGACCUACUGCUCGGCCUCGACAUGCUCAAGCGGCAUCAGAUGUGCAUCGACCUCAAGAAAAACUGUCUACGUGUGCAGGAUGACGAGAUACCUUUCCUGCCGGAAAGCGAGAUUCCCAAGAUGAUGGAAGAGAUUCUAGAGAAUGAGCCUAAGGUUGCAGGGCCUAAUGGAAGCACCAUUGGCACAACCACCGGCACCGUCGAGCCACGGACGACAUCGUCAACUAGCGAGCAGUCAAAAGCAGGACCGAGCAGCAGUACUGCGCCGGCGCAAGCCUCCUCCUCCUCACAACCCACAGGAGGGCAUGGUAACUUCGGCCCAUCGCAACCGAUUACCCCCGAAUCAAUUGCCAAAAUCACCGAGCUGGGCUUCUCGCGGGAGGAAGCGAUUGGGGCCUUGAGACAGGUCGACGGCAAUGUCGAAUUGGCCAUUGGACUUCUGAUAUGA